AUGACUACCGUCUUGCAUCCUACAUCUGGCUACCUGCGAAGCCGACUGCAGAAGUUCUUCAAACAAGCCUGGACCGUGAUGGGGCUCUGCGUUGUCCAAGCGACUGGUCACGUGAUACAUGACAUGGCGUUUGUUGAUACGACGCCCCAAGAAGGAAAUUCAACCAUGAUACACUCAAGGUCCAAACACGGGACCCGAAAAGUCUCACCUCCAGGGCCAAGUUACAUGAAUGAGGAACAGAUUGCGACGUAUCUGAAGGACCUACGAACCAAUAGGCCCCCCCGUCCCAAUGGAUCUCGACCCUUUCCUACCAAGGACAUCUCAUCGAGCCAAAGACUCAGGAGCGAUCUACCGCCCCGUGCAUCGUCAGCACUUUCCAUGAACAUUGACUCAGAAAACCAUCGUGUUUGCUCCCUCGAGCCCUAUCAGCGCUCAGCGAGUGCUCUAUCACACCACAGAAAAAACUCAACACUUUCCAAUGGAAGUGUAUCUACUGAACAAUCGUUGGAAGAAGAGCCGGAACAAUCGUAUGAUUUAUCAAGAAGUCUCUCUCCAGCAGCGAGUGUUAGGUCGACGACGGGAACAUACAGAGUACGGGGCCAGAGAUGGAUGGAACGGGAGGAAGCACGGUCGUUACGGCAAGCUUUGGAAGAAAUGGACUUCCGAGAUGAUGAAAAGCGGUUGCAUGCUGCAGCCCAGGAGGAAGCUACGCAAUUGGUAUUCAGUCACCAGACCUCCGGCUUUCCAAAGCUUAAUCCACAUGCUCCCUACCUGAACCCUGACCUAAUUGCCACCAAUCAAUUUCGUCAGCAUCUGAAAAAAGGCGCGUAUGCACGAAGUCAGAGCAGAGAAAGCCCCGAGUUCCAAAGGCGUGUGGACCCAACCGGGUCCAAUCUUUCGCCAAAGAUAGUCGAAGUUCCAGAGGAUAAUGAAACCAUCUCGGUCACAAAAAACGGAACUCUGACCCAAAAACCGAGGGUUAAUUUUGCCUUGGAAACGGAUAAUUCCAAUUCCCCAAAGACAGUCGUACAGAGGAAAGCCAGUCCGAGGACGAGGAUUGCCAGUAACGAUUCAGCGAAGGGCAUUUUCCGAAAUCCAGAAGAUCAAAUAUACGAGGAACCACAGGAGGACGGGGCACCAAAUAAUGUUGAGACCACGGACACUGCACCACCGAGCUCAGCUUUGAAAGUUAAGCCUCGAAAUUCGUUGCCUCGAGGCACUCGACCAUUUCCCAAGAAAUACCCUCCUGAGAGCAAGAAAUCUGUAUUCGACAUUCAUAAGAACCCACCGUCACAAGCGAGGAAUCCUGUUUAUACAGAAAAUCCAUCUCCCUCACCCACUGCCAAUAGUAACCCAAAGGGUGAUGACACGCUCCAAACUAAAGAUGGUAAAGAAAUCCGUGGUGACGACAUCCGCGCAGCAACGAGCAUGCGACUCAAGGAUCGUAGUAGUAAACUACCUAUGCCAACCGUUGUUAGUGAUCGUCCUGGCCGUCCAAUUGUGAGCUUCGACCCAUCUUGGAGAAUCAAAUCGCAGAGCAAUUCUCCCAGAGACUCUCCCCGAAAUAGCCUUGUUGGAUCCAUAAAGGAACCAGCCGUAGAGGUUACACCUCCUCCAGGGAAUGUGGUACCCGCUAUCAAAGUUUCGGAUGAUCCUCCAGCUCCAGUCAUCAACGUUUGCGGAGACGAUUCAGCGGCGUUAACCGUCUCAUCCUCCGGGGCCCCAACAAUUGCUGAGAUGAAGGCUGCGGAGGAGAAGCCCCGACCAUUACCAAACCCCAGCGCGAGCCAAAAUGGGAAGCAGAACCAGAGGAAUUCGAGAGGUUCGUCUACAAACCGCUGGUAUACUCCUUAUACCCGAACUGGCGUUCCGACCGCUUCCUGCUCCGCUUGCGGGCUACCCAUAGCCGGCCGCAUCGUAACGGCCUGUGGAUCCCGUUUCCAUGCUGAAUGUUUUUCAUGUCAUCAUUGCCACACCCCACUUGAGUGUGUCGCCUUCUACCAGGAACCUGAAGGUAAACGAGCCGAAAGGCUCGCGGAUGCCGACUCCAACGACGAAGAAGCCAAUGCUCUGAGAUUCUACUGCCACCUAGAUUUCCACGAGCUUUUCAGCCCACGGUGCAAGAGCUGCAAGACGCCUAUAGAAGGCGAGGUUGUCGUCGCAUGUGGGGCGGAGUGGCAUGUCGGGCACUUCUUUUGUGCCGAAUGCGGUGACCCCUUCACACCGACUACCCCGUUCGUGGAACAUGCUGGAUAUGCGUGGUGCGUCCGUUGUCAUUCUAAGCGAACUGCCUCCCGCUGUCAGGGGUGCAAGCAGCUUGUGCUCGACGAUCUUGUGGUCACUGCUCUGGGUGGGGAGUGGCAUGAGAAGUGUUUCGUGUGCAGCGAGUGUAGCGGCAGCUUCGGGCCUGAAGGGCGCUUUUUCGUCAGGGAAGGGAAACAGAGAUUCACGAAGAACGGGCGACCGAUUAUUGGCUCCACCGACGCAGCUGUGUGCGAAACUUGCGAGGGCCGAAGACUGAAGGCUUAA